AUGGGUCUACUUCGACAUUUCUUGGGCAUGGAGAUCUACCAAGAAGAAGAGAUAGUAUUUAUCUGCCAAAAGAUAUAUGCAGAAAAGAUUCUGAAGAAAUUCAACAUGCUGGGAUGCAAUCCUGUCUCUACACCACUCAUUAUGGGGGAGAAAUUGAAAAAGGAAGAUGGAGGAAAAGCAGCGGAUGUCACUCACUACCGUAGCCUCAUUGGUAAUUUGUUAUACCUCAUAGCAACUAGGCCUGAUCUCAUGUAUGCUGCAAGUCUACUCUCAAGAUUUAUGCAGAGUCCAAGCCAUUUUCAUCUCGGUGCAGCAAAGCGCGUCUUACGAUAUGUUCAAGGGACAACCGACCUCGGUCUAAGCUUUCAAAAUAAUCACGCACUUAACCUUGUCGGUUAUUGUGACAGUGAUCUUGGUGGAUCCUUAGACGACAUGAAAAGCACCUCAGGGUACUGUUUCUCUUUUGGUUCAGCAAAAUUCUCAUGGUUGUCCAAGAAACAACAAAGUGUUGCACAAUCGUCUGCGAAAGCCGAGUACAUCUCAGCAUUAGUAGCCACUUCACAAGCAAUUUGGCUUCGAAGAAUCUUAGCUAAUCUCGGUCAUCAUCAGAUUGAAGGAACCGUGCUAUACUGCGACAACAAAUCUGCAAUCGCUAUGGCUAAGAACCCAGUUCACCACAGCCGAACUCGACAUAUAGCACUCAAGCAUCAUUUCAUUCGAUAG